UAACGAUUCCCUCUCUCUGUUCUCCACUUGCAAUUACAAACACAUAAAUCCACUCGUCCCUUCCUCUUCCCCUUUUCUCUAUCUUCUCACCUUCUCUCCUUUCUUCUCGUUCUCUCUGCCUUGCAGAGAAGCAGAAAAAUGCCGAAUAUGCUAGCGAAGAACCUCCAUCUCUGCUUCUCUAAGUGCAAACGCCCGGUAGUAACUGAAUCUCCUCGCACACCACUCGUAGCGAGCGAUCACGAACGCAGCACAGAGACAACGUCGAUCCUGGUGAAGAAUUUCAACUCGUUAUAUGAUCUCACCUCCGACUCAACCUCUAAAUCAGUGAGUCGUUCCAGCGAUAACUUCUCAUCAUCAGAGUACUCCGAAGACCUACUCGAAACUACAAUCCCUGAUUUCGCCACAAUCUUCGCUUCACAACGCUUCUUCUUCUCAUCCCCUGGUCGAUCUAACUCCAUCGUCGAAUCGCCACUGGAAUCCCCUCCUGAAUCAGAAGAAACAGAGAAACUAUUGAGUGGAGGAAUUCCUAUCUCCACGUACUCACCAGAUCCUUACUCGGAUUUCAGGCGAUCAAUGCAGGAAAUGGUUGAAGCACGCGAAUUGCUUGACGUGAAGGCUGAUUGGGAUUACCUUCACGAGUUGCUCUUGUGUUAUCUCACUCUUAAUCCUAAGCAAACACACAAGUUCAUCAUCGGCGCUUUUGCAGAUCUCCUUCUUAAUCUCAUGACAAAAUCGACGGAAUCGGAUGUCAACAACAAUCCUUCCGGCUCCGACAUGGUCUCCGGCCGGUGUACGAUUUCACGGCGGUUGGUUUAAUUUUUCCAUCUCAUAAAAAUUCUUAUUUCACCAAUACAUUUUCCAUUUUUAGGAAUUUCAGUUGAGAUAUAUAUGAUUUGUUUUUCUCUUUGGGUAGUUUUGCUUCUGUAACUUUUGUUUGUCUGUAUAUAUAGUCCUUUUUAUGAUCUUGUCUUUA